AGGGUCCCGAUUCCCUGUGGAUCAGUGCCGACGCCGCGGUGCGGCCCGCUCGGUGCGGCCUGGCCCGGUGAGGCCUUGCCCGGGCGCUGCCAGGCCCGCAGGCCUCAGGCGCCGUUGAGGCCCGGGCCCAGCUUGUGACCGCCGCGUUUCGUCCUCUCCCCCGCCGGGAGCGGCCCCCGGCGCCAUGUGGUCCGUGCUGUGGGCGGCCGUGCGCUCCAAGGCCCCCUAUGUCACCUUCCCGGUGGCCUUCGUGGUGGGGCUGGUGGGCUACCACCUGGAGCGGUUCCUCCGCGGCGACCCCUCGCCUGCGGCCGAGGAGGAGAAGAGCAUCUCGGAGCAGCGGGAGGAGCGGAAGCUGCAGGAGAUCGCGGGCAAGGACCUGACCAAGGUGGUGAGCCUGAAGGACAAGCUGGAGUUCGCCCCUCGGGCCGUGCUGAACAGGAACCGCCCGGAAAAGAGUUAAUUUAAGUUGUUUGGGCAAAUUCGGUGCCCUGGAGUGACUGUCCCCGGGGCUGGGGCUGGCCGCCGGAGGGCUGUAUCCCACAGCACCGUGUGGGGACUCCUCUGUCACCUGCCUAUCUUCCACCAGCCCUCUGCACUGGGCCGUACGAGGGCAAUACGCUGCACCCGCUGCUGCUUUUCACCCUCCCGGGGCCCUCCGGAGGGUCAGGGUUUGUCCACCCCGUGGCUGCGCUCGAGACCCGGCCCCCAGACCUCCUCCUGUGUGGCAGAGCAGGCAGGGAGCCCUGCUUCGGAGGGGGAGUGUGUCUCAAACUCAGCAGUUCUCGGCCUGUCCCGACCCCUGAUCCCUUUUGGCCUGGUUCCACCCACGUCUCUUUAGGUUUGGUGUGAAGAUAGAAGAGAUUUGGACCUGAGUGACACGGGGAUGGGGUCAGGCUGACUGCCUGUGGCAGGAGGACCUGCUGUCCUGCUUACAGCUCUCCUGUGGCUCCCCGUGAACCCCAACCACAGCACCACGGUACCACGUCACCCCCACGGGAGCCUGAGCAGCGGUGGAGAUCUCUGGGGAGCCCCUCUCUGUAUCAUCCCCAGGCUGCACAGCGAGGAAGGGGGACGGGGGGAGGUGGAAGUCCUGGCCCUGCUUCUAUUGUGGAGCUCUGAGUGUGGUGGUGGCUUUGGGCUGGCAUGUAGAGAAUGGGGAUAUCCCUGCCCUGUACGGGAACAGCCAAAAUAAACUUCUGUCAGUCCUUGGG